GGCGUGGUGACGCAGCGUGUCUGCGCGUGACGUUGCGGCGGCUUUCGUCCUGCUCCCGGUUUCGCCCUCGCCGUCCCUCGGCCCGUUCCGGCCUGCGCCCGCCACCCGCUGCCGCCAUGGCGAACGUGGCCGACACGAAGCUCUACGACAUUCUAGGGGUGCCUCCCGGGGCCUCCGACAACGAGCUGAAGAAGGCAUACAGAAAGCUGGCCAAGGAAUACCAUCCUGAUAAGAAUCCAAAUGCAGGAGACAAGUUCAAAGAAAUAAGCUUUGCCUAUGAAGUAUUGUCAAAUCCGGAGAAACGUGAGUUAUAUGAUAGAUAUGGAGAACAGGGUCUUCGAGAAGGUAGUGGUGGAAGCAGUGGAAUGGACGAUAUUUUCUCCCAUAUCUUUGGUGGUGGAUUGUUCAAUUUCAUGGGUGGUCAGAGUAGAAGUCGUAAUGGUAGAAGAAGAGGAGAAGACAUGAUGCAUCCACUCAAAGUAUCUUUAGAAGAUCUGUAUAAUGGAAAGACAACUAAACUACAGCUUAGCAAGAAUGUCCUUUGUAGUGCAUGCAAUGGGCAGGGAGGGAAAGCUGGAGCUGUUCAGAAAUGUAAUGCUUGCCGAGGUAGAGGUGUACGUAUCAUGAUCAGACAGCUGGCUCCUGGAAUGGUUCAGCAGAUGCAGUCUGUAUGCUCUGACUGCAAUGGAGAAGGUGAAGUAAUUAAUGAAAAAGACCGUUGUAAAAAAUGUGAAGGGAAGAAGGUGAUCAAAGAGGUGAAAAUACUUGAAGUCCAUGUAGACAAAGGCAUGAAAAAUGGGCAAAGAAUUACAUUCAGUGGAGAAGCAGAUCAGGCUCCAGGUGUGGAACCAGGUGAUAUUGUCCUCUUACUCCAAGAAAAGGAGAACGAGAUGUUCCAUCGCGAUGGGAAUGACUUGCAUAUGACACACAAGAUUGGACUUGUUGAAGCACUGUGUGGAUUUCAGUUCACAUUUAAGCACCUUGAUGGACGUCAAAUUGUGGUUAAAUAUCCUCCAGGAAAAGUAAUUGAACCAGAUUGUGUUCGUGUAGUCAGAGGCGAAGGAAUGCCACAGUAUCGCAAUCCUUUUGAGAAGGGGGAUCUUUACAUUAGAUUUAAUGUACAGUUUCCUGAAAAUAACUGGAUUAGCCCAGAAAAGCUUUCAGAACUUGAAGAUCUUCUGCCAGCUAGACCAGAAUUUCCCAAUGUAAUCGGUGAUGCAGAAGAGGUAGAUCUUCAGGAAUUUGAUACCACUCGUGGUUCAGGUGGUGGCCAGAGACGCGAAGCUUAUAAUGAUAGUUCUGAUGAAGAAAGCAGCCAUCAUGGACCUGGGGUACAGUGUGCCCAUCAGUAAACAUUUGUCUAAAAAGUUGCACAAGGAUUUUCUUUCAAAUUUUGCCUGACUUGUUUUGAACAAUCCAGCUGGAUUGUAUAAGUAAUCCAGAUGAACCAAUGGACAUCUAUUGCUGUAUGUGUAACUUUUAAAUUGGUCUAUAGUAUCUACAGAGUGUAAUUUAAACUAACCACAAGCUUACAUCUUCAUUUUGACUGUGUAGCAGAAUAAAGCACUUGAAAGGAAGAUGAGACUCCUUUUCACAUGGGUUUUAAGUUUAUCCUCGUACCUGUGCUUUAUUUUUACCAGUUCUGUGUAGAUUUUAAGUUUCCUACUUCAAAAUCAAAUUCUACAUUGUAAAGUUUGUGUACAAUUUGUCCUGAGGCUUGGUAUUUGGCUGCACCUGCAUAAGCUGCUACAAGUAGAAUAAAGAAAUUCAUAGCCUGUAUCUAUCAUCUAGAUGCAUGGUAAAUGGGCUUUGCACAUAAUGGGUUUAAAGCUGACUGGGAACAAUGGAAGACUAAAAUAGAAGUGGUUGUAAGUUUUUUCUACCAUCUUGUGAACGGUUUCUGAAAUUAAAUAAAAGCAGUUGGUGUAUAAGAGAUUUCUUUUGCCUUAACUCUUACUUUUCCAGUGGCUUCAACUAUUCAGUGUACCAAGAAACUGUGUAGAUGAUAGACAUUUUAUAAAUGCAGGCUGAAGGUGCUUUAAGACUAGGUUGUAGUUCGAUAACAAUUGUAUCCCACAUGUAAAAUGAUAUAUGAUGAAAUCAGCACGGGGAAGGCUACAGUCCUAUCCCCUUCAUAUGAAGAGAAGAGCAUAAUGAUAUCUGAGUUCAGCUAGAAGGGAAAAAAAAAAGCCAAACUUUUGGAUGCAGAUUAUUAAAUUGCAAAAGAAUGGCAUCUUUCUCUAAGCCUUCAGUUCAAAGCCUAACUUCCCUGAGGAAUGUUUCCAGCUUAUAAAGUAAGAUUUAGAAAAAAUUAACAUUAUGCCUGACAACCUGAGUUUGCAUUGACAGAGUUUGUAAAGAGACUGAGAUUAGUAUUGUGUUUGACAAAUUUUUGACCUGGAAACAUACUAAGUAUAGAUGAUUUUGUUACUGUUUCACUAGUUUGCACUUCAACUAUUAAGGCAUUCAGUUUUCCCAACUUAAUUUCUGGUUCUUUCUUUAUGAUUUGAAUUGGUGAAAAUACCGUAACAAAAUAAAAACAUGAGCUUAAGUAAUGAGCAGGUACAGCUAUCUAAGUGUGUUGUUACAACAUCAAGAAACUGUGCAUGAAUGUGGGUUGGUAAAUGCUUUAUAGUAAGGUUUAUCUCUCUCUUGAAGCCAAGUUGUUGAAAGAUGCCUCUCCUUUUCUUUACAAAUCUGAAGUGUGAUGUGUUUAUUGCUCAGAUAGCUGUUGACACUUUACCAGUGGGGUUGGAGGGACAAACUCCAGGGGUUUCCAUGUGCUUGGGUAGGCAUUGGCAUUUAAGUGUUGCUGAACAUCCUUGCUGUAGAUUAUAAAACUAAAGCAAGAAUAAAUACUGUUUGACUUGUACUUCA